UUUUAAGUAACAUACUAAAACGCAGUUUUGAUGUUUUAUGUGAAUAAAUAUGCUUACAUUACUGCAUAGGAUAUAUUUUGAUGCAAUUUGUGUAGUUUUGUUAUUUUGAUUUCGGGAAUACCGAUUAGGUACCUUUGUGGCAAGUUGAUACGUUGGAGAGUUGUUUUCGUCACACUGUAGCGCUAAUGGAAAAGCUUAUAAUUUUUUUCUUCCCGUUAGUUGCAUUUGGCACUGUUAUAUGCCAUUAAUAUGUUUUAGUUAUUUAAACGUUGAAUUAUCCAACAGUCACAACGAGGCAUCAACAUUUUUAUGUGUUGGAUGGUUGAAAUUGAGAUGUUCCAGCUUAGGUUGUGGAUGUUUGUAUCAUAUAUGACAAUGUUUAACGUGUAAUUCAUGUAAAAUUGUUGAUGAUGUGACGUAGGUCAUUUUUGAACAUAUAUUACGACGUUUGAUAAAGUCAAUAAAUAUGAUAACAUAAUAUAUAAACUGUUUUAAUUUUAUAUAAACAAUUUUUGCAAAAGUUCAGUUCGCAAAUUAAAUGUGUCCAACGAAAUUUAAAACUUUUUGUGAGGACAUUUAUUUGAUCACCACCAUCGCAUUUUUAAGUCACGUUAGAUGGCGCUAUGGGCGUAGAGAUGGUGCUGAUGCAACGCUGUUCAACGAAGGAAAAAAACACCCGCUAAAUUGUUUCUGGAACCUUCCUUAAUUUUUUCGGUAUUAAAGUUUGUUAUUGCUGUUAGACACAAUUAGCUGACCUGAGCGGUAACAUGUUAGGUGUUUAAAGUGAUCCUCAACCUAUUUUAAGGAUUGACGGUGUUCAAACGCUGUAUGUUUCGUUAGAAAAUAAUGAAAAUGCGCUUUAAUUUUUAAACUGCGUGUAAGUUAGUUGGUAUAGUUGGCGUGUCAUUGAUGUAUUGUCGAUGUUUUAAUUCUCUAUUUUUGCUACCUUGUAUGACUUAUUCUAAAUCUAAUCAUAUAAACUGAUACUGAGGUAUCCAUUUUACACCGUAAUCUGUACAGUACUCUCACUUCUUACAGAUCAUGCUGGUUAAGGUGAAACUUGGGGAUGCCCAAAAAUUUGUCAAGAUAACUGAGCUGAGCCUGGAGGAAUUUCUAUCUGCUGCAUUUUUAAAGUUUGGUGUCCCAGCUGUACCAGAGAAUGUGAAGGUUUUUGAUGAGUCAGGGACUGAGGUGGAUGGUGAUGUUUUUGAGGAUAUAGUCAGAGAUCCCUCAGUUGGAGUUCUUACAAUAAAACAUGGUGCAGACUUGGAUUCUGCUUCUCCACAAGCCUCUCAUGAGCAGUCAAAUCGGUCCCGCACUCCAUCCGUGGACUCCAGUGACUCACAGGACACAGUCAUUAUUGAAGAAACUUCCUCAAGUAAACGAAUGAGGCUAGACGAAGAAGCUAAAAAGUUGGUGGAAACCAUUCUUGUCCAGAAAUCUGGUGGGGAGUGUAUAAUAACGGAGUACAACCGAACUAAGUCUUUGGGGGAUGAAACAAGGAGGAAAAUGGUUAAUAUCUUGGCAGCUCACAUGACAGAAAAGAAUGGUACGUCACCAACAAGGCAGGUGAAAGAAAAAUAUGCCAGAGGAAUUGUGGCUUUGUUCCCGUACCUCAGUGACCCCUUUUCCAAAAAUGGCUACGAACAUUACUAUGAUGGCGAAAGCGGUACUGGGUACUUGGCAUGGAGAAUCAAAACUAUACAGAGAGGCUUAGCUAAAGAACGACGUGCAUCAUUUGAAGGAACGUCUUCUGAAGGGGGGUCUGGUGGACCAACUGUAAGACGGCAGUCAGAGUUUAAUUCAGAGACCAUCUUGAGUGAGGAUGAAUGCAAGAAAGCAAUUGCAUUCAUGAGCCAUUCUUCUGAUGAGGACGCCAUCAAGAAGAAAAUUAAAUUGACAUUCGACUAUCGCCGCAACAUGGUUCUUGACCCCAUGCAGUCAAGUGAUAUAUUGACGGUCUUUCCACGAUUCAAAGACAUUAAAGGCUUGAUUGAGCAAGACUUUGUUCUGAUGUUUGGAGAAGGAGUGUCAGGAAAGCUACUGGAGAACUGGACCACUGCAUUCAAGAAAAAAGUGAUUCAGCAGUGCAAAAAGCUUCCCAGCACCAGUGAUUUGGAAGAACUUCUACUAGCAGCUGAAUCUCCUACUGGUGACUCAGAAGAGGUUUGGGACAGUGAACUCGCUUCAAUUAUACUUCUGUUGCAUCUGAUCCCACCCUCUGCCCAAGGCCGGAAAAGACCAUGAAAGGUAUCUGCCUCUCAAGCAGAGAAACACCUUGUUGUCUUUAAGAAGAGUGGAACAAACAUUGAGGAGCAUCUUCGAGAAAUUGCAGCUAUUGCUCAGCCCUACCUCCUGGCCGUGGGACCUCAGAAGAGUUCAAUUCACCAGUACUUCAUCGUUCUUGAUCAGCAUGCCAUUCCAU